GACCCCGCCCACACAUCCACUCAGCCGGCUGGUCGGUCAGCUGUGUUUCUGCCCAUUUCGCCUGUGCUGACACUGACAUACCGCCACCUCCACCUCGACAUGUUCUAGCUGCACGGCGUUCCUCUGUCAGCAGGAGGACGGUGUGUAGUUUACCGCAUAUAAAAAGCGAGCGCUCUUUGCAGCGGACUCCGCCGGCUCCAGGGGCGCUACAGGUGUCAAGUUGAUUCAAACAGCCCCUCUCCUGUGUCUCUAUCUCAUCUUCCCUGCAUUCACUAUGUCUGGCGAUAUCCUGCAACGUCUCAGCACCUUGAACCUGAACAUCAAGCACCUGAACCUUCUUCCACACCUCCCGCGCCUCAUCCCAUCCUCCCUGCCCUCACCCAGCCCCACUGUCGCCGCCUCGCAGGUCCCCACGCUCUUCCAAGAACCCUACAUCCUGUCGGGCUACCGACCUCUGAAGCAGGACUGGCGCUGCUACCUCCUCAGCCUCUUUCAGAAACACAACGAAUCCCUGAACGUGUGGACUCAUUUGCUGGCAGGCCCCGUGCUGCUGCUCCGCUGGUGGGCCAACGUAGGUGCCCUGGGGUACACCUUGGAUGCCUCUUCUUUACCUCUGACUCUCUUCUUAGUGUCCUCGCUGACCUAUCAAUUCCUCAGCGUGACGGCUCACCUUUUGCAGUCCCACUCCGAACAUGCACACUAUUUUUUCUUCUUCAUGGAUUACGUGGGUGUUGCCGUGUAUCAGUACGGUUGCUCGCUCGGCCAUUAUUUCUACGCUUCUGAGCUGGGGUGGAGAGAAAGCUAUGUGGGGCUGAUGUUUUUGCCAGGAGCUGCAUUCUUUGGGUGGCUGUCCUGCGCUGGCUGCUGUUUCGCCAAAUCUAGGUAUCGCCGGCCUUAUCCACUACAGCGGAAAAUCUGCCAGCUGAUCCCCACCACCCUGGCGUACAUUUUGGACAUAAGUCCCAUAGUCCACCGCCUCUUCACCAUCUCCUGGACCCAAGAGCCAUCACUGCACUUCCAUGCCCUCCAGAUCGCCUCCUUCCUUCUUUCCGCCCUCUUCUUCUCCUUCCCCAUUCCUGAGCGGUUCUUCCCAGGUCUCUGUGACUUUGUGGGCCAUGGUCACCAGAUCUUCCAUGUGUUUCUGUCAAUGUGUACCGUGUUCCAGCUGGAAGCCCUGUUCCAGGACUACGCCAGGCGAAGGGAUACGAUAGUGGAGGUAUUUGGAGAGAGGCAGCUGUGGUGGGCCUGUGUAUCCUUCCCCGCCCUGUUCUUGUGCUGUACGCUGACGGCGCUCCUCACAAUGAGUCACGUGAGCAAACAACUGCAGGGUAAACAAGGCCGUGAUAAGUGAAGGGCGUAUGUUUGUGUAUGUGUGUCUGAUAAAGAGAGGGCAAAAGAGAAUUGUGUUUGAUUGCAUAUAAUUUGAAUAAUGUAAUAACAUACCAAAACUUGUGUAUUUUAUGUUUUUACUGGAUCGGUUUGAUUGAAAAGUGUGAGUACUGAGAGUGUUGUGACCAAUAAAACAAUGUAAAAGAG